AUGGAUACUGAGAUGUUCAACAGUUACGCUGGACGAGACUUCACUUGCCCUCGAGCAAACCCAAGUUUAUCCCUUUUGAUUACUCAGCUCGCCUUCCGCCUCGAGGUGCACACGGCCGGCUACGUGGGCUUCGGCUUCUCGCCCACCGGGGCCAUGGCUGCGGCCGACGUCGUCGUGGGCGGGGUGGCCCACGGGCGGCCCUACCUCCAGGAUUAUUUUACAAAUGCAAACAGAGAAUUGAAAAAAGAUGCUCAGCAAGAUUACCACCUAGAAUAUGCCAUGGAAAAUAGUACACACACAAUAAUUGAAUUUACCAGAGAACUGCAUACAUGUGAUGGAAAUGACAAGAGUAUAACGGAGAGCACGAUGAGGGUGAUCUGGGCCUACCACCACGAAGACGUGGGAGCAGCGGGUCCCAAGUACCACAACUCCAAUCGCGGCACCAAGAGUCUGCGGUUAUUGAAUCCGGAGAAAACCAAUGUGUUGUCUACAGCCGUACCAUACUUUGACCUGGUAAAUCAGGACGUCCCCAUCCCAAACAAAGGUACAACUUACUGGUGCCAAAUGUUUAAGAUUCCUGUGCUCCAAGAAAAGCAUCAUGUUAUCAAGGUUGAGCCUGUGAUCCAGAGAGGCCACGAGAGUCUGGUCCAUCACAUCCUGCUCUAUCAGUGCAGCAGCAACUUCAGCGACAGCGUUCUGGACUUCGGCCACGAGUGCUACCACCCUAACAUGCCCGACGCCUUCCUUACCUGCGAGACCGUCAUUUUUGCCUGGGCCAUUGGUGGAGAGGGUUUUUCCUAUCCACCUCAUGUUGGAUUAUCCCUCGGCACUCCGUUAGAUCCUCAUUAUGUGCUUCUGGAAGUCCAUUAUGACAAUCCGACAUAUAAGGAAGGCUUAAUAGAUAAUUCUGGACUGAGGUUAUUUCACACGACAGAUAUAAGGAAAUACGAUGCUGGGGUGAUUGAGGCUGGCCUCUGGGUGAGCCUCUUCCAUACCAUCCCUCCAGGCCUGCCUGAGUUCCGGUCUGAGGGUCACUGCACGCUGGAAUGCCUGGAAGAGGCUCUGGAAGCUGAAAAGCCAAGUGGCAUCCACGUGUUUGCUGUCCUGCUCCACGCUCACCUGGCGGGCAGAGGCAUCAGGCUGCGUCAUUUUCGCAAAGGGGAGGAAAUGAGACUACUUGCCUAUGAUGACAAUUUUGACUUCAAUUUCCAGGAGUUUCAGUAUCUAAAGGAAGAGCAAACAAUCUUACCAGGAGAUAAUCUAAUUACUGAGUGUCGCUACAACACAAAAGAUAGAGCCCGGAUGACUUGGGGAGGAUUAAGCACCAGGAAUGAAAUGUGUCUCUCAUACCUUCUUUAUUACCCAAGAAUUAAUCUUACUCGAUGUGCAAGUAUUCCAGACAUUAUGGAACAGCUUCAGUUCAUUGGUGUUAAGGAGAUCUACAGGCCAGUCACGACCUGGCCUUUCAUUAUCAAAAGCCCCAAGCAGUAUAAAAACCUUUCUUUCAUGGAUGCAAUGAAUAAGUUUAAAUGGACUAAGAAGGAAGGUCUUGCCUUCAAUAAGCUUGUCCUCAGCCUACCGGUGAACGUGAGAUGUUCAAAGACAGACAACGCAGAGUGGUCGAUUCAAGGGAUGACAGCCUUACCUCCAGAUAUAGAAAGACCCUAUAAAGCGGAGCCUGUGGUGUGUGCAGCAUCUUCCUCUUCUUUGCACGGAAGUGUCUCUCUCAAGCUGCUUCUGUGGUCCUCGGUCCUGGGCGGGGCGCUAAGCAGCUCCCGCUCGUGGCCGUAAUCCUGUUGUGCUCGGGGACCACGUUUUCUGUGAUCUGAACCUGACGCUGAAUGUGCAGGUUAGAGACACUCUGGGCGUGAGGGGUGAGCGUGAAGGGGGUGGAGGCCUUCCUUUCUACGUCCCCUGCCUCCCCUCCCCGUCCUUCUCAGGCUCUUUGAGGGAUGUCCGUUGGCUUCUCGUCUUUUGCUCAGAAAUGUCUGAUAAAAUGUAUCCAUCGCCAAAUAAAGCAAAACUGGCCUGACUUAACCUUUAAAAAAA